AGAGUUCCUUUUCUAAAACGGAAACAAGAAAUCUUUUUUUAAUCUAUGUUACGCAAAUCUGGAACAAUUUCAAAAAUCGAAGAAUACUCCCAAAAAGCCAAAAAAAAAAACGUUAAAAAGAUGAAAACACAAAUAAACAAUAAAAACAAAAAUAGACGGAUUAGAAUAUGUCCACAACACCAAAAGUCCAAUUGGGCAUUGUCAUAAUAUGUCUCCUAACAGGCCGGUAUUGAUUGAGAAUUUCCAAACUAUGGGCCGGGCUAUCAGAAGCCCAUCAAGGAUGGUCUUUGGAGACGAAGAAAAUCGUCAGUUAGUCAUUUUCGUGAGGCACAGUUCACCACCAUGUCUGGACAUUGGGACUGAUUCAUGGGGUCUGGAAAAAGUAAAACACCGGCCGUAUAUAUUUCAUAGUAUAAAAAUUCCAAAGUACACCUUUUUGUUCGUUUUCGAUAAGUACAUGCCAUUUGUGCUUCGUUGGCAUCGAGGGAGGCUAGCCAAUACGGUUUCUUCUUCCGCGUCUUCUUCUGCCUCCGAGACAUUGUGCUUGUCGUUGUGUCUGAUCUCCCAACACCAUAAACUACGUAUACCCAUCUAAAUUGUUCAAAAAACAGUGUUCGAGUUUGUUUUGGAGAUAAAAAAAAAUUAAUCAAUGGCGACCAACCAAGAUCAAGAUUCGACCACCAUCGUUAAGCUGGAAAAAGCCUGCUCCGAUUUGAACACCCUUCUUAAAACCUCGACCACAAUGGAAAAAAGCCUAACUACAAUGGACAGCCAGUUCGAUGCUAUAGACGAAGCACUUUCCACUGCGUCAAGAAAAAUAGCUCCUUUACAGUCUUUGGCCAUGGCCACUAAAGCUCUUGACACGCGAAUAAACCGUGCUGUCACUCCCGCUUUUGCUCUCCUUGAAAGCUUCAAGCUUACUGACUGUCUUCAACACAAGCUACUCGACCUCUCCUCCAAAUUAUCAGAGACCAAAACACCGAAGAAACGGCUCGAGAAACUCCUCAAAUACGUGGACGGUGUUGACCAGCUGAAUGCCGCAAUAAACUCGAUCAACGAAGAGGGUGAGCCAGCAAUUCAGAAGCUUCAAGAGGUGGUUGAAUUCUUGAGCAGGACAAAAGCAACAGGUCAAAAUAGGAUAAUUCGUUUGAGAGAGACACUGAUCACCUUGAAGGCUCUGUAUGAAACAGAGGUUGAUUCCAUGAAGUUUGAAGGGUUGCUUGAUGAAGCUUUGUUAAAUUUGCAGGAUGAGUAUGAGAGCUUAUUGCAGCAAAUAAAGCAUCCAAAUAUGAGGGAUUUGCAGGCCGAUGAUAAAGAGAAUAACCAGAUUGUGCUAACCAAUUCUGAUUUGGGCACUGAAAUGCAGGUCGAAGUUCUUAGACGGAUUUCAGAAACUCUGGCAGCGAAUGACUGUUUGGAUAUAUGCAUCGACAUCUUUGUUAAGGUGAGGUACAGAAGAGCAGCGAAAGCGUUAAUGCGGCUAAAUCCGGAAUAUCUUAGAGUUUACACACCAGAAGAAAUCGAUGAAAUGGAAUGGGAAAGCUUGGAGACAGCCAUAGCCCUUUGGAUCCAACACUUUGGACUGGCCGUCAAAACGGUGUUGGUAUCGGAGAAGAAACUGUUCCAACAAGCCCUGGGAGGCAUCAUGGAGGGACUGAUCUGGCCAGAGUGCUUCGUAAAGAUCGCCGACAAGAUCAUGGCGGUUUUCUUCAGAUUCGGAGAAGGCGUUGCCAGGAGCAGCAAGGAGCCUGAGAAGCUGUUCAAGCUUCUAGACAUGUUUGAUUCCUUAGAAAAACUCAAGCCCGAAUUCUCACAGGUUUUCGAAGACGAAGCCGGUGCAGAUAUCUGUACUCGGUUUAGAGAACUCGAAAAGCUUCUUAUCCAUGCAUCAAGCAAGGUGCUUUGGGAAUUUGGUCUCCAAAUCGAAGGCAAUUCGGACGGUUUUCCUCCUCCACAAGACGGUUCUGUCACCAAAAUAGUAAGAUACGCCAUUAACUACCUCAAAUACCUUGCAACGGACAAUUACAUGGUUAUCAUGGCAAAAGUUCUCCAAACAGAGCAAAUAUGGAAAUCCGGAAUCUUAUCCAAACCCGAAUCCGAGGAAAACCUUCUCAGAGAAGCAAUAUCCAAUGUCAUGGAAGCUUUGCAGAGAAACGUGGAGUCGAAACGUUCGCGUUACAGGGACAAAAUUCUACCACAUAUAUUCGCCAUGAACACGUACUGGUACAUUUACAUGAGGACCAAAAACACAGAGCUGGGAAAACUACUGGGAGAUCAGUAUCUGAAAAAGAAGUACAAGGUUGUGGCGGAAGAAUCAGCUUAUAUGUAUCAAAAGCAAACCUGGGGACCUUUGGCGAGAAUGUUAGAUAAGGAAGAUUUGAAGUGGCGGAGCAAGGAAGAGUUGGGGCGCUUGGUAAGAGAGAAAGUGGAAGCCUUUACGAAGGGUCUGGAUGAGAUUUUGCUGAGACACAAAGGGCAUUAUAGUGUUCCUGACAUUGGACUGAGAGAGCAGAUUAGAGAAGCCACAACGAAGCUCGUGGUUACAGCUUAUACUGAGUUCUUAGACUUCUACUCCGAUGCAUUGCAAGGGACUUUGUAUAUUGGUCCUGAGUCGAUUCAGGGGAAACUGAAUCAGGUGUUUGAUAGUGCAUCUGGAAAGAUGAGACGUCGUGAUUCAUAUAGUCGGACGGCUAAGGGAAAUCCGGCAUCAGUGGAGGCCGAGAUCAUGGAAUUCCAACGGUCCAGAUCAACUAAUAGCGAUGUCAGAGAGCUUGACAUCGUUCUAGAUUGAGUAGUCGAGAAACGACCGUGUUUCAACGGCUUCACUUAGAACCCUAUGUAAGUGGUAAAGGAAUCGGUUGGAUGGCGACGGUGAAAGUUGGGUUUUAGCAGUUUUACAGUGUAUUAGCAUGCGAAGCGACUCAUAUAAAAAUACUGUACAUUGUGUUGUUUGGCUGUACCUUAAUGGUGAAGAUGAAACUCUUGAUAUUUAAGCCAUUUUAUUCAAGUAAUAAGCAAAUUGCAAUAAGGUAUUAGUUUGAAAACAAAUUAAUAACAAAUGCAUUUACCAAAACAUAAAAAAUAAACAACCA